GUGAGUAUGUGCGUGAUGAAUGUGAGAGAAUGUGUGAAUGUUUGUGAGCAAAGAUGGAUUUGGACGAUUAAUAAGAGGGAAAGAGAAAAAAAGAAAAAAAUUGGUCAGUUUCGUUUCAAUUGCUCCAAAAUGAAAUGAUUAUUAUAAAAAUACGCCAUAUUUCCAUAUUUCACAUUGUCUGUAGCUCAAUCGCUUUUUUUUUUUUUUUUUUUUAUUUAUUCUUGGGAAAAAUAAAAGGGAGACAGCCAUCUCUCUAUCCUCUCCUCUCUAUCUACCUCUUUUUUUCUUUUUUUUUCUUUUUUUUUCUUUUUUGCUCUGUAUCGACCUUGAUGAGGAAAUGGGACAAGAGCCGAAAGCAAUGCAAGGAGUUCAAGAAAAUAAGAGAAAUAAAAGAGAGUGAAAGAGCCAAGGGAGCGAACGGAAUAUGCUUUGCUUGCCUAAAACAGAUGGGGAGCAAAGCAUCCACUUGUGGAUAGAAUAGGCUUCUCUGUUUCUUUUUUUUUUUUUUUUUUUUUUUUUUUU